AUGCCGGGCGAUGAUAUGGUCGUGGAAAAAGCACCAAACUCCCCACGUAUUCCAAAGUUUUUCCGAUAUAUAUCAGAGCGAUAUCCGCUCACGUCACAGCUGAUCCAAGAGAACAAGAUUCCCGAGUUUGACAAUCUUUAUGUCGACUUCAACGGUAUCAUACACAACUGUUCUCAUCCCAACGACGGCGAUGCGCAUUUCCGACUAUCGGAAGAGCAGAUAUUUACAUCUAUCUUUGCAUACGUGGACCAUUUAUUUGGCAAAAUUAAGCCCAAGAAGCUGUUCUUCAUGGCUAUAGAUGGCGUAGCACCUCGCGCGAAGAUGAAUCAGCAGCGGAGCAGGCGAUUCCGCACGGCAAAGGAGGCAAGGGAGGUCAGGGAGAAGGCGGAGAGUAAGGGAGAGAAGCUCCCGGAUACGAAGGCGUUUGAUAGCAAUUGUAUUACACCAGGGACGGAGUUUAUGGCGAAGCUGUCUGCACAGCUGCAAUAUUUUGUGAACAAGAAAAUCUCGGAAGAUGCGAACUGGAGCGAUGUGACUGUCGUGCUCUCAGGGCACGAUGUGCCCGGUGAGGGGGAGCACAAGAUCAUGGAGUACAUCCGGCUGUCGCGGGCGCAGCCGGACUACGACCCUAACGUGCGACAUUGUCUGUACGGACUUGACGCAGAUCUGAUCAUGCUGGGGUUAUUGAGCCAUGAUCCACACUUUUGUUUGUUGCGAGAGGAAGUCAAGUUUGGUCCUGCAUCGAGGAGUAAAGGGAGCAAGAGUGCAAGUCUCGAGUCCAUAAACUUUUAUCUACUGCAUCUUACACUGAUGCGCGAGUAUCUCGAUCUCGAAUUUUUUCAUGACAUCGAGCCCGUGCUGCCGUUCUCAUAUAGUCUGGAACACAUCAUUGACGAUUUCAUUCUACUCGCUGUGUUUGUUGGCAACGACUUCUUGCCUAACCUGCCUGACCUGCACAUCCACGAGAACGGGCUCGAGAAGCUGUUUGACGUCUACAAGAAGUCUCUUCCUUCGUUAGAUGGAUAUUUGAACGAGAGUGGUGUGAUCAACACGAAGAGGCUGCAGGUCAUAUUGGACGAGAUGGCAGAGUGGGAGCGGGAGAUUUUUGAGAAGGAGUAUGCAGACCUGAACUGGUACAAGGGGAAGCAAGCGAAACAUGUCAAAGAAAUGGAGACAGGGAGGAAGAGGUCGAAGCUUAUUCUCACCAAGACACAACGGGAAAUUUUCGACCAAGUGAAGGCUUUUGUGCUGGAGCGCCGCGACACAUCCUCUCCUGCACAUUCUCGGAGGACCCGGCUCACAAUGCCCAACCUAUUUCCUGCCCGAGACCGUUUGUUUAUCACUAAGCUGGCGGAUGACUUGCAUCUCUCGCUUACUUGGGAUGAGUACGACGAGGACGACCAGAACCUGGUGACUUGGCGCUUUCCCGGCGAGAUGGAUGAGCCACUGCCAGAAGCGCAGGAAAAUGGGCGUGACAAUGGCGAGGCGGAAGCCAACGGAGAAAGCAAUGACAGUGAGUGGGAGGACGAAGAUGAUGAAGAGAGCAGAGCCGCAGUCGACCGUGUGCUGGCUAAGUACGUGAAGGCAAAGGUUGCCGAAGAUGACAAGGAGGGCGAUUUCGAUGCACGAUAUGAGAUGUCUAUAAAGGAUAAGAUGGACGAGUGGAAGAGGAACUACUACAAGGCAUGUCCGUCUGCAUCUGAUAUUUGGAUGCAGUGGGUCAUGCACUACUAUUACAGUGGCGUUGCAUCUUGGAGCUGGUUUUACAACUACCAUUACGCUCCCCGAAUUUCUGAUUUGAAGGGUGUAGAUCAGAUGAGCUUCCAGUUUGACCUGGGAACACCAUUCCGACCAUUUGAACAAUUGAUGGGUGUCCUUCCAGAAGCGAGCAAGGAGCUCAUACCGCCGGCGUAUAGGGAGCUAAUGUUUGACGUCAAUUCGCCAAUUCUUGACUUUUAUCCGCAAGAAUUCGAACUAGACCUGAAUGGGAAAAAGCAGGACUGGGAAGCUAUAGUCAAGAUCCCGUUCAUCGACCAGGACCGUCUACUUUCGGCGAUGAGAUCUCGGGAACAUCGUCUAACUAAGGAUGAACGACACCGAAACGCGUUCGGCUCCAGCAUGAAGUUCUUCUUCCAUUCUGGAGAGCCCACAGAGUAUCCAUCUUCACUCCCUGGGUUCUUCCCUGCGCUACAUCGAUGCAUGUGCAAGAUGGAGCCGUUUGACCUGCCCACAUUAGGCGGGCUACAUCUUGUGGAAGGUCUAUGCGACGGCGUCUUUCUCGGUGCCGAAGCGUUGGCGGGUUUCCCAUCUCUCCAGACCCUUCCCCACACAGCGACUCUUGGACACCACGGCGUCAACGUGCACGGCUCCGAGAGUCGCAACAAAUCGAUGAUCGUACACAUUGAAAACCCCCACGAGCGGAGAAAGUCCGAGGACAUUGCCAAUGAGAUGAUCGGCCGCCGCAUAUUUAUCGGGUGGCCGUUUUUGCAGGAGGGAAUGGUGUUGGCGGUGUCGGAUUCCCUGUUCAAAUAUGAGAAGGUGCCCAUGAUACCGGGCCGGCCUCCAAAGGCGGUUUCCAAUCCGCACUCUCCUCAAGGUUUGAGUCUGUGGAAGGCAAAGGCGGAGAAGAUUGAGCACUACUAUUCCAAGCGCUGUGGCGUGAUUGCGGGCAACAUUGAUGUCCUUCUUCAUGUCAGGCCGCUGAAGGGCUUGAAGCGUUUAGAUACUGGUGCUUUUGUGAAGGACUACGAGGGCCAAGACAAGGAAGUUGAACAGGCAGUGCAGCUCGCAGUGUUAGCAGUAGUGUCAGAAGACCCCCGAUUCGUUGAGAAAGACCCUCCUCCUCUUGCGGAAGAAUUCCCGGAAGGCAGCAAGGUGUUCUUCUUGGGCGAGCAUGCGUAUGGCAUCCCUGCCCAAGUGUCUGAUACUGCAACAGACACGCUUUCUGUCGUUCUUGCAUUCUUCCCCUCAGAGAAGGCUGAGAAUGAGAAAUUCAAGAGCAUUGCGGCGAACCGAAUGUCGCAUGCGUAUUUCCCCUCCUUCAAAGUUGCUGAUAUGGUUGGGCUUUCUGGACGGGCGAUCUCGAAGAUCACCUCUAGUUUCAUGGUAAUCACCGGCGAUGGGCAGAAAAACAAUCUCGGCUUGAGCCUAAAAUUUGAGGCGAAAGGUUUGAAAGUCAUUGAUUACUCCCGCAAAGACGGCAGAUACUGGGAGUUCAGCGAGAAGGCGGUUGAUUUCAUCCACGAGUAUAAGCAAAAAUAUCCGGAAGUCAUGCGUUCGUUGGACAGAUCUGGCGAUGCCAUGUUAAAAGCGUCCGACGUGUUCUCUGGUUCUCAUGCCGAUGCAAAGGUCAAGGAAGUGCGAAAUUGGCUCAACUCAAAAGGCGUCCGAGACUUUGAGCCCGUAUCUCUGUUCUGCGAUCAACUGAAGAAGGAAACGGUCAGGGAGAUUGAACAGCUAGCAGAUAGUAUCAGCGAACACAAAUCUGCGGCGGCCAUCAAGAAAGCGAUGGUCAAAGGCAUUCCACGACAGGCUGUCCUCAAACCCUCACACGCGACCUAUCGGCUGCAGAAUCAGCAUUUUGCACUCGGCGAUCGGGUCACGAUGGUCCAAGACACAGGCGGUGUUCCUCUGUCAAUCAAAGGAGUUGUCAUCGGCAUGAACGCGAAGUCCAUGGACGUUGUCUGGGACGCGGCGUUCAUGUCUGGAACUACUCUCGGCGACCGGCGAGUUUCAACGAUUAUGCAACUGAUGGUUUUCGUUGCAUCUACGAAUCCGAAGGAGCCCGCCCAGCAGCAGCCAAAUGCUCCGUUCAAGCCCCGAUUCGGGCCUCACCCUGCCAUACAACCCUCUCCUGGUCAGCAGCCGGCUUCCGGGUUCCGUCGUGCCUCUGGUCCUGCGAGCCAAGGCGUGCCUGUGCAUAUCAUGACGAACCCCAACCGUGGUCGUGGAGGAUUUGCGAACGGUCGCGGGGCGCUAUCAGCGAACCCACACACAGUAGCCAAUGGGCGCGGGGGAGCCCAUGCGAACCAUCGCGGGGAUGUGAAUGGUCGUGGAGGAGCAGCUCACAACUCCCGACCUCAUAACGGAGCUCCUGCAACUGACUCCACGCCGCCGGUUCAAGCCAGCGCACCCGCCGCGAAUGGACACGCCGCCGAUGGACCCAGUGCACGUGAGCGCGAGCACAAUGUAAACGGCACUAGAGGAAAGCAAGGAUCACGGGGUGGAUUCCCGUCACCCUCACGAGGAAGUCUGCAUGUGUGGGAUAUGGCUGAGAUCCACGACCAGUUCGAUACCAUUCUCAUCCUUGACUUUGGAUCCCAGUACAGUCAUCUAAUAACCAGAAGAUGUCGAGAGUUGAACGUCUAUGCAGAGUUGAUGCCAUGCACCCAGAAAAUACAAGAUCUUAAGUUUAAACCCAAAGGGAUCAUAUUGUCUGGAUCCCCGUACUCUGUAUAUGAUACGGAUGCACCACAUGCAGAUCCUACUAUCUACACUUUAGGCGUCCCCAUCCUUGGUAUAUGCUACGGUCUUCAGGAAAUAGCGUGGCAUAUGAAAGGAGUAGUAUCAAAAUGCGACCACAGGGAGUAUGGUUUUGCCCAGCUCCAAGUGAGCAAAGUAGGUUCGAGCGGCAAUUCGGUGGAUGCUCUCUUGAAUGGUCUUGGAGAGGAGAUGCAGGUAUGGAUGUCGCACGGGGACCAGCUAUCCCAGAUACCGGCAGACUUCCAUGUCAUUGGGCGAACGCAAACCGCCCCCUACGCAGCCAUCGCGCACGACUCGAAACCGUUCUAUGGUAUCCAAUUCCACCCCGAGGUGACCCACUCUCCUAAAGGGAAGGAACUGAUUGGGAAGUUCGUUCUGAACAUCUGCAAGUGCAGCACAAACUGGACUAUGGAAGAGUUUAUUGGGAAAGAGAUCACUCGUAUUAGACAAAUAUGUGGACCUAAAGGACGCGUCAUCGGAGCGGUCAGCGGUGGUGUUGACAGCACGGUUGCUGCGAAGCUCAUGCACGAGGCCAUUGGAGACAGGUUCCAUGCCAUCAUGGUUGACAAUGGUGUCCUCCGGCUCAAUGAGGCGCAACAAGUAUAUGAGAUGCUCAACAAAGAUCUGGGCGUCAAUCUCACAGUGGUAGAUGCAUCCGAACUAUUUCUCUCGCGCCUGAACGGAGUCGAGGACCCCGAGCAAAAACGUAAGAUUAUUGGUAACACGUUUAUACAUGUGUUCGAGGACGAAGCUGCCAAGAUUGAAGCCGCCGCCGAAGCAGAGGCAGCGAGCGGUUCCGAGGCUAAGGGCAAGAUCGAGUGGCUCCUACAAGGUACUCUAUACCCAGAUGUCAUCGAGAGCAUUAGUUUCAAAGGUCCGAGCGCGACGAUCAAGACGCAUCACAACGUUGGUGGUUUACUCAAAGACAUGAAGCUGAAGCUAAUCGAGCCGCUCCGAGAAUUGUUUAAGGACGAGGUCCGCGCACUUGGCCGACUUCUGUCGAUUCCAGCACAUCUCGUCCAGCGCCAUCCCUUCCCCGGUCCUGGUCUCGCGAUCCGCAUCCUUGGUCCCGUCACGCGUGAGCAAGUGCAGAUCCUGCAGCGCGCAGACCACAUCUACAUAGAGGAGAUUCGCAAGGCAGGGCUGUACGAUCAGAUUAGCCAGGCGUUUGCAGUGUUGUUGCCAGUCAAAGCUGUUGGUGUCAUGGGAGACAAGCGGACAUACGAGCAGGUUAUUGCAUUGCGUGCAGUCCAGUCUGAGGACUUCAUGACUGCUGACUGGUAUGUUUUCCCUGCUGAGGUGCUCAAGCGGAUUUCGUCCCGGAUCACGAAUGAGGUGGAAGGAAUCAACCGUGUCACGUAUGACAUUUCUUCGAAGCCGCCGGCGACUGUCGAGUGGCUUUAA